GAUUCUCCGUGCAGGACCAAAUUGGAUGUGGGAUUUGGGGGUUGAACUUGAACAUCAACACAAUCCGUCAAAAGCUUGAUUGGAAAUCUGGAUUAGAACGCCGAAAUGGCUCUUCUCUGUACUUGUUCACGAGCUUCCUACAUUACAAGGUUUGGGUCUGAUCGUCGACGACGUAGCAGCGAACCUCAAUUUCACAGCAUCGACAUUCUAAAACCUAAUUCCCGGCGACCCGCACAUGCCCUCAUCAAUUUCGGGUCGAAGAAUACCUUAAGAUUGCAAAGCAGGCAGAGAUUGUUCACUAUUGUUGCAUUGAACUCUACUACUUCUGGUGGACAUUCCCCUGAAAAGAAAAAAGAUGAAACCACGAGUAAAGCAGCCACCCAAGGUCCUCCAUUACUCACUGUUUUGGCAGGAUUUGUAGUGUUUUUUCUCAUAUGUUGGAUUUUUGGUUCCAUUAUAAUGUGGCUGAUCAGUCUAAUUGUUAUACCGCCCACAUCGAAGUAACCCUAGUGUCUGUAAAUCUUUUUUUCUUUCUUAGGAAUAUGUUGUUAGUGGAAACUCGAUCUAUUGUAAUGGAUAAGCUUGUUUCGAAUUUGGAAGUAGACUUGGACAAAUUGAUUGUCUUUGUUGACAAAUUGCAGACCUCCAUGGAUACUGAACUCGUAAAUAUGUCUACAUCCAGUGAAUCGCAUCUCGAUUCAAAGUUGCCUACCAGUACUUGAACGUCUACAUCGCGACUGAUUCGAAAGGAUACAGGUUCCAUGGACGAGGAAGAAGAUCAAUUUGACUUGGGAUUCACCACACAUGCCUGAUAGACAUGAGACAAGGGGGUCCCCUCAACGAUCUGUUUGGCAGAAGGUGGAAUUUCCUAGAUUUUCUAAGGGAGAUGAUCCACUGGCUUAGAACCGAAGAAUUUGGUGCAAACGUACGUCUGGUGGUGUAAUCAGGAAUCGAAGUAAGUUAGUUUGAUUUUAUUCAUUCUAAAAAUGAAUUUCUGAUUCUACCAAGUGAAUUAAAUGCUGUUGAAGAAAUCUCCAUUCCAUGUUUGGCUGGUG